AUGAUACAUUCAUCUUUCAAUCUCCUCUUCAUUUGCAUAAUGAUUCCUCUAACAAGGAAUAUCCUUCUUUAUCCUAAACUAUAUUCUUUUAUUGAGACUAAUUAUUCUAAUCAUCUAUCGAAUCAAGAUACAAAUAAUUUAAAAUUGAUACUAAAUUUUAUUCGCAAUGACCCUGAAUUCCAUCCUCUCACCUUCGCCGUCGUUCAACCCGAAUUUCAAUCGAACCUCGUCGACUUCCUAUUGAGAUACAUCGGAGAUAAAUCCAUCGAGGCAUACACAGCGAGGGACAGGGAUCUGUCGAUUAAGGCUACUUGGAUGAAACGUGUUAAAGCCACCUGGGUCAUCUCUGUUCGUGAUUUAUACAGUCUACACAACUACAUCUACUGGCAGCCGAAGUUAUGGAGGUCCAGCAAUCAGUAUCUGAUCAUUUACCUUGGAAAGCAGGUGACUUUGCCUUGGAGAGACAUCUUCAAGACCCUGUGGAAGCAGUACAGUGUAUAUAAAGCUGUGAUCAUUUCUGUAGAGGAUGAUUUUCAGUGUCUAAUGAAAUACAUGCCUUUUGAUGAUUUCCAAAAUGAUUUCGGUGCUGUUUACAAACUGUGCCCCAAGGAUCUUCAAGGAUACUCUAUGGGGUUGAAGGGCAUCGACGAGAUUCAUCCCCCGGAGAAACCCAGAAGACUCUUUGAAAAUUUUCAAAAUCUACAAAAUUAUCCUGUAAACGUGAUUACUUUCGAAUCGCCGCUGAUGAGCAUUUCCUACGACAAUCAGAAUCGUACGAAGCUAAGGAAACUGGAUGCGAGCGUGCUGUAUACCUUGGAGAAAGCAUUGAAGGCAAACUUCCGUAUAAAAGCAAUGAGAAAACGUGACUUUAGGCCGGAAGAUCCGUUCACAGUAUCUUUAAGGAAUAUCGAGAAUGGAAACGUUGAAAUGGUGAUUGCAAGUUUCUUCAUCAAAGAGUACAGCAAGUUUCGCAAAUUUCAAUUCACUUGCGCCGUUUAUGAAGACAAAAUGUGCUUCAUGGCGCCUGAUUCUGGCUUGGUGCCGAAGGCAUACAUGCCUCUGUUACCUUUUCGAAAGGAAGUGUGGUUGAUUCUCUUCGUAUACAACAUUGUAAUCACGUUACUCUGGUGUUUUCUGAGAUAUAUCAACCAACAGCUGCGACAGAGAGCAACUGAACAUCAUAUUCGUGGCAAUCAAGCUCGUAACAACAGCCAUGAGUUGAUCGAUCCAUCAUCAGUCACUGGGUUCAAGCCUGAAAGCUCCAAAACAUCUAAAAAAUCUCAAAAUCUAAACUUUCACUCUUUAAUGGAGUCAGAAUAUCAAGGACCAUCAGAAAUACCUCGGUGGUUGUCAUUCAUCUUCAUCUUCCUAGAGAUGCUCUUUUAUCCUCUUAAAAAUGGAAGCAGCCUAACGCAGAACUGCCUUCUCUCAUCUACCCUCUUCUUUUCUCUAAUAGUCAGUGGAUUGUAUGAAAGCUGUUUGGUGUCCAGUUUGAACAAACCCUUCCAUUAUCCUCAACUAGAGACCCUCGAAGACGUGGUGGACUCUGGAAAGCCUAUAAUUACUAAAUAUGGUAAUCUGAAAAGCGAGUUCCUAGAUGAUUUUCCACUGGAUAGAAAAUUGCACGAGCAGAUUCAAGUAAUUAAUUCUAAUAGAUCAACCAAAGAAUUUGUAGCAUUUGAAGAUAAAAUUUCUAUUACCAGAUAUUAUGCGAUGCAGCUGGAAAACUAUCCCUAUUUCGACAAAGAUGGUAAUAAUUUGUUGCAUAUCGUUGAUGAGUGUCACAUGAAUUACAGAAUUGCUUAUAUAUUAAGAUUAAAUUCACCAUAUACAGAAAGGGUGGAUUUUAUUCUGUCGAGACUCAGAGAGGCUGGACUGCUAAUAUUUUGGUUUGAUAGAAUUCGGUACCCCUUGGAGAUUGUUAAAUUUAAAAGGAAAGUGGAAAUGGAGAAGAAGAAGAUCAAACUAACCCUGGAUCAUUAUUCUCUGACGUUCUUGAUGCUUUUUGGGGGAUUGUUUUGUUCCAUACUAAUGCUCUUCUACGAGAUUUAUGCUGGGAAACGUGAAUAGAAGAACGAGUUUAGAUAUGGAAGCUUGUUUCACGUGUU